UGCUAGUUUUAAAGUAAUCUAGGACUCCAUUUCUUGGACGCAAAGAAACCCUGACUCAACUUAGACUUUGACCGCACACUGCAAUUCGUCCCUUAUAAUCCCACAUUCAUUCUCCUCCUUCCCCUGUUAUGCAAUGGAGAGCCUGCCUGUAACACUGCGCAAUUUUGAGGAGUCCGACGUGGACGAUUUCAUGGAGUGGGCAACGGAUGAGGAAGUGUACCGUUUCUCAAAGCAUUUGCCCUACAAAUCGAGGGAACAGGCGGAAAACUACCUUAAAAACGAAGCCAUGGUGCACCCCUGGCUGAAGGCCAUUUGCCUCAACGGCAGGGCUGUGGGUUCCAUUUCACUCAGGAGAGGCUGCGACGAUUGCUGGUGUAAGGCGGGAAUUGGGUACAGAUUGGCGCGCAGGUGGUGGGGGGAGGGACUCACUACCCAGGCCGUCAAAUUGGCUCUCUCCACUGCUUUCAUUGACAUGCCCGGUUUGGAGCGCAUCGAAGGCAUUGUGGAACCGGAGAAUGUUGGGUCUCAGAGGGUCUUCGAGAAGGCUGGAUUUGUCAAGGAAGGUCUUCUCUGCAAGUAUUUGAGGUUCAAGGGGAAAACCAGGGACUUUUAUAGCUAUAGCUUCCUGGCUCCAGAUUUGCCCAAUUGUGUAUAAUUGAUGGCUUGUGGGUGUGUGGUUCUACAAGGGGCUUGGAUUGAUUGUGUUUAAUUGGUGGUUUGUGGGUUCUAUAAGGAGUUUGGAUUGGGAGUUUACAAAGUAGCGUAAGUGACAAACUGUCUAGUGGGUUUGUAGCAUUUUGUUGUAUUUGGAAAAAUGGUUUGAUGGUUUGUGGUCUUGUUGAUCUAUAAGGAAUUUGAACUAGGAGUUCACAAGCAACAAAAGUGAUAAGAGGUAGAGUGAAUUUGUCUAGAGAAUCUCUCUUAAUUGAAAGUUUUAUUGUAUUAAGAAAAAUGAUUUGAUGGUUUAUGACGUUGAUGUUCUAUUAGGAAUUUGGAUUUGGAGUUCACAAACUAACACAAGUGAUAAGAUGUUCAUGGUUUUGUCUAGACAAUCUUUAUGUUAAUCAAAAGCGAUUUAUUAUAU